AUGAAGGCAUCCAUGUUUGCCUCCGUAGUGGCUCUCGCAGCCACCGCGAUGGCUACGGUCACAAGUUUCAACGCCAAACUGCUCAGGUCACUUGAUAACCCGACCUUUGGUGGUCUCCGGCCUCGGGCUCACUCUGGGGACCAAGUCCGCAACGGCACAUUCGACCAGUUGCUCGACCACACCAACCCGUCCAGGGGCACCUUCAAGCAACGAUACUGGUGGAACGCCGAGCACUGGGGAGGCCCGGGCUAUCCCAUCUUCAUGGUGAAUGGAGGCGAGGGCGACGCAAGCGGAUACACGGGUUACCUGGAGAACAAGACGGUAACAGGUCUCUAUGCCGAGACGCACAAGGGCGCAGUCAUCCUCAUCGAACACCGAUACUAUGGGCAAUCCUGGCCAUUCAAGACUUCAACAGCGGACACACUGCAGUACCUGGAUGUGCCGCAGGCCAUUUACGACAACAUUUACUUCGCCGAGACCGUCAAGCUUCCGUUUGACACGAAGAAAGGCGCCAACGCGGGUACGUCGCCCUGGGUGUUGAUCGGAGGCAGCUACGCCGGUGCCCUCGCCGCGUGGACCUCGGUUAUUGCCCCCGGCACCUUUGCCGCCUAUCACGCGAGCUCCGCCGUCGUCCAGGCCAUCGAAGACUUUUGGCAAUUCUUCACCCCCAUCGAGCAGGCCCUGCCACGGAACUGCUCGGCCGAUAUCAAGCUGGUCAUCAAGCAAGUCGACUCCGUGCUCGACAACGGCUCCGCCCAGGAUAUUGAUGCGAUGAAGGAGGAAUUUGGCCUGGAGACGCUCGAAGACGCCGGCGACUUUGCUUGGUACCUGCAGAAGCCCAUCAUUGAGUGGGCCGAGGACCCUAGUGCCGUUCUUGAUUUUUGCGACUGGAUCGAGACGAGCACCAACAACGGCUCGGUCAUCAAAGGCUACGAGAAGUCGGGCGUUGGUCUGAAGGCCGCGUGGGCCGGCUACACGUCGUGGAUGCACAAGAGGUACAGCGAAAAGUGCGAAGGGGAGGAUGCCUGCGACCUGUACGGCGAGGCGGUGGGAUACAACUCGCCCAGCGAUCUGACGUGGGCACGCAGCUGGACCUGGCAGCUCUGCAACGAGCCCCUGGGUUGGUGGCACACUGGCCCGCCAAAGUCGGACGGCACCAGCAUCGUGUCGUCGCACGUGCGGCCUGCGCACCGUCAGCGCCAGUGCGACCUCCGCUUCCCGCAGACCUUUGGCCACAAGCCGGCCAUCUCGGAGGGGUUCACGGUAGCCAUGUUCAAUGACUGGACUGGGGGAUGGAACGCCACCUUUGAGAACGUCCUCUUCGCCGACGGCGAGUUCGACCCUUGGAAGUCGGCGACGAUGAGCUCGGAUUACCGCCCCGGCGGCCCGUCCAAGAGCACCGACAAGGCGCCUCGGCUGGUUGUCAAGGGAGGAACCCACGUUCCGGAUUUCUGGCUCAGUGAACAGAACGCCGAGGUUGUCAAGCAGGAGGUGGCGAUCAUGGGCAAGUGGAUCAAGGCCUGGAAGCCGAAGAAGGCAUACUGA